AGCUCUUAUGGGGCCAUGUCGCCAUUUUGGGUUGUCUGGUUGAGACUUUCCUUGUGCGGUCACCGGGGUCCUUAAAGCGGGCGCCGUCCGGACAGUUCCGCAGGUUACAGGCCCCGGGCCCGCUUCCGAGUGUCAGGUUGGAGCCGGGAGGCGUCUCUGGGGGUAGCGGCGGCGGGGGCAGGAUGAGCGCGGAGGCGGCGGACCGGGAGGCAGCCACCUCCAGCCGGCCCUGCACGCCGCCGCAGACGUGCUGGUUCGAGUUCCUGUUGGAAGAGUCGCUGUUGGAGAAACAUUUACGCAAGCCCUGCCCGGAUCCUGCACCAGUUCAACUUAUAGUUCAGUUUUUGGAACAGGCUUCCAAACCUUCAGUUAAUGAACAGAACCAAGUUCAACCUCCACCUGAUAACAAGAGAAAUCGAAUUUUAAAACUACUUGCUCUUAAAGUUGCUGCACAUUUGAAGUGGGACUUAGACAUAUUAGAGAAAAGUUUGUCUGUUCCAGUAUUGAAUAUGCUACUAAAUGAACUGCUCUGUAUCAGUAAAGUUCCUCCUGGGACAAAACAUGUAGACAUGGAUCUGGCCACUUUACCGCCAACCACUGCCAUGGCUAUACUUCUCUACAAUAGAUGGGCAAUUAGGACAAUUGUCCAAAGUAGUUUUCCUGUCAAACAGGUGAAACCUGGACCCCCUCAGUUAAGUGUCAUGAAUCAGAUGCAGCAGGAGAAAGAGCUAACAGAAAAUAUUUUGAAAGUGCUAAAAGAACAAGCUGCUGAUUCUAUUUUGGUACUAGAGGCAUCCCUUAAAUUAAACAAGGAUCUUUAUGUCCACACAAUGAGAACUCUAGAUUUAUUGGCCAUGGAACCUGGCAUGGUAAAUGGAGAAACUGAGAAUUCUACCGCUGGAUUGAAAAUCAAAACUGCAGAAAUGCAGUGCCAGGUGUGUUAUGAUUUGGGGGCAGUAUACUUCCAGCAAGGCUCUACAAAUUUAGCUGUCUAUGAAAAUGCCAGAGAAAAGUUUUUUAGGACCAAAGAAUUAAUUGCAGAGAUAGGUUCAUUAUCUCUUCAUUGUACCAUAGAUGAGAAGCGGUUAGCUGGCUAUUGUCAAGCAUGUGAUGUUCUUGUACCUUCUUCUGAUAGUACAUCUCAACAAUUGACUCCAUAUAGUCAAGUCCAUAUUUGUUUGAGGUCUGGCAACUAUCAGGAAGUAGUAGAGAUAUUCACUGAAGAUAACUUAACCUUCAGUUUACCUGUCCAGUUCCGACAAUCAGUACUAAGAGAACUCUUUCAGAAAGCUCAACUGGGAAAUGAAGCUCUAGAUGAAAUCUGUUUUAAAAUCUGUGCCUGUAACACAGUCUGUGAUAUAUUGGAAGGUAGAACAAUUAGUGUUCAAUUUAACCAGCUAUUUCUUAGACCUAAUAAAGAGAAAAUAGACUUUCUUCUUGAGGUAUGUUCAAGAUCAAUUAAUUUAGAAAAAGCUUCAGAGUCUUUGAAAGGAAACAUGGCUGCUUUUCUAAAGAAUGUGUGUCUGGGUUUGGAAGAUCUGCAGUAUGUUUUCAUGAUUUCUUCACAUGAGCUUUUCAUUACAUUGUUGAAAGAUGAAGAACGAAAGCUACUUGUUGAUCAGAUGAGGAAGAGAUCCCCUAGAGUAAAUCUGUGCAUUAAACCUGUAACUUCAUUUUAUGAUAUCCCAGCUUCAGCAAGUGUCAACAUUGGCCAAUUGGAGCACCAACUUAUAUUGUCAGUGGAUCCCUGGAGGAUUCGACAGAUUUUAAUUGAAUUACAUGGUAUGACUUCAGAGCGCCAAUUCUGGACAGUGUCCAAUAAGUGGGAAGUACCUACUGUUUAUAGCACUGUUAUUCUGGGAAUUAAAGACAAUUUAACAAGAGAUUUGGUUUAUAUUCUCAUGGCAAAAGGUUUACACUGCAGUACUGUUAAGGACUUUGCCCAUGCUAAACAGCUGUUUGCUGCCUGUUUGGAGUUGGUAACAGAGUUCUCACCAAAACUUCGUCAGGUUAUGCUGAAUGAAAUGCUGCUUUUGGAUAUUCAUACACAUGAAGCUGAAACUGGGCAAUCUGGAGAGAGACCGCCUUCUGACCUUAUUAGUAGGGUUCGAGGAUAUCUGGAAAUGAGGCUUCCUGAUAUUCCUCUUCGUCAAGUUAUAGCUGAGGAGUGUGUUGCGUUUAUGUUAAACUGGAUGGAAAAUGAAUACCUUACACUGCAAGUUCCUACAUUUCUGCUUCAGAGUAAUCCAUAUGUAAAGCUUGGACAACUUUUAGCAGCUACAUGCAGAGAACUUCCAGGCCCUAAAGAAAGUAGACGAACUGCUAAAGACCUUUGGGAAGUUAUUGUUCAGAUCUGUAGUGUGUCCAGUCAGCACAAACGAGGAAAUGAUGGCAGAGUUAGUUUAAUAAAGCAGAGAGAAUCUACAUUAGGUAUAAUGUAUCGGAGCGAGCUGCUUUCUUUUAUCAAAAAAUUACGGGAACCAUUGGUUUUGACUAUCAUCUUAUCACUCUUUGUGAAACUUCACAAUGUUCGGGAGGACAUUGUGAAUGAUAUUACUGCUGAACAUAUUUCUAUUUGGCCAUCUUCCAUUCCCAACCUCCAGUCAGUGGAUUUUGAAGCUGUGGCAAUCACAGUGAAAGAGUUAGUUCGGUAUACACUCAGUAUAAAUCCAAACAACCAUUCCUGGUUAAUUAUUCAGGCAGACAUUUAUUUUGCAACAAAUCAGUAUUCGGCGGCUCUUCAUUAUUACCUCCAGGCAGGAGCUGUGUGUUCUGAUUUCUUUAAUAAGGCUGUGCCCCCGGAUGUUUAUACAGACCAGGUAAUAAAACGGAUGAUAAAAUGUUGUUCUUUGCUGAAUUGCCACACACAGGUGGCAAUUUUAUGUCAGUUCCUCAGAGAAAUUGACUACAAAACAGCCUUUAAAUCACUGCAGGAACAAAAUAGUCAUGAUGCUAUGGAUUCCUACUAUGACUACAUAUGGGAUGUUACCAUUUUGGAAUACUUAACUUAUCUUCAUCAUAAAAGAGGAGAAACAGAUAAAAGACAAAUUGCACAAGACUAUUUUGACCAGACCUCUAACAUCACUUUUUUGUUUUGGAAGAUCAAAGCCAUUGGCCAGACAGAAUUGAAUGCAAGCAAUCCAGAAGAAGUUUUACAGCUGGCAGCACAGAGAAGGAAAAAAAAGUUUCUCCAAGCAAUGGCAAAACUUUACUUUUAAGCAGCUGUUGAAAUUUUUUAAAGUUUUAUUUUUUAAACAAUGGACUAAAAAUAAGCAGUAUUAAAAGAUUAAGUUUAUAUAAUACAUAUGUACACAGUUAGUGGUGUUUUUUUCCAGACAAAAUACUGAAACAAAUAUUAGUUUAGGAAAAAAUAUAUACAGAAGACUUCAUACUAUAACAAUAGCUUAAAUUUAUAAUUUCUUCAAAGGAAGAAGAGAUUCACAUGUCAGGUUACAGAGUAAACUAGCAAGCUAGUAAAUUUGUUUUCUAAUUAAAUCUACUUUAUAAGUUGAAAUACAUGAAAAAACUAAGAUAUUCAUGUAGAUGUAGCUAGUCAAUAUACAGUAAGGUUUUUGUGUUUUGUUUUGUUUUUUAAGUAAUAAAUAGAUAUCUGGGAGUCAGUAUACAUUUAAUACUCUUAUGCCUUAGGAAAAUAGAAGCUUAGGUCAAGUGUUAAGCUUUAUCGUUUUGACACUGUCCUUACUUCAUAAUGUAGGAUUUAAAAAUGGACAUUAACAAUUUGGGGAACAUAAAUAAAGCCUUAGUCACACAAAAUUAAAGAAAAAAACAACUUGAGAGAUAUCUUAAGAGUAAUAAAGUGACUUUUUCAUAUAAAUAGUUUUAAAAGGUACUUAAGUUUUUCACCCAAAUUGUGAUAUACAAAAAGGUUAUUAUAAAGUAACCUAUAUAUCAAAUAGAGCUCCAAGUAGGAGCCAAAGCAUUUAUCUUUUUAAUAAUUUCUUUGGUACUCCUACUGUUUAGAGCACAGUUUAAACAUCAUAUUCAUCUAAGCCUUUCUUGCCUGUUAAAAAAUAUGUUAAGACAAGGCAAAUAAACUAGUUAAAAAACAGGUUAAAGUUUACCAUUUGUAAAAAUUCAAGUUUUAUAAUAGCUUGCUAUCGCAGCUGUAGAUAAAUUAGUCACCUUGUUACAUAACUAAACUUUUGUAAACAAGUUUAAAUUUUAUUUUCGAUAACCAAAUUGCACUAGUCAAGAAUGCAUGAGUUUCGAGAAUCUAAAAGCUAGAUUCAUAGUAUUAUGUCAUUUAAUGUACCUUUUAAGGUAGCACAUAUAUAUAUAGUCCAAAACACCAAUAAUAAGAUUUCUAAUUUAUCAAAAUAAACAUAGUAACACUGGAUCAAAAAAAAAAAAAAAGUUGCUGUGGCAUAAAUCAUGGCUGGCUUCUAUCCAGUCACCUUGGGAAUGAAGUCAGUUUUGUAAACAAGUUUUGCUGUUCUUGAGCAGCUAAUAGGAGUUAAAUAAACUUCUCCAUGCCAGUUUUAAGUGGCUUUUUAACCAAAGAAUGGCAUUGUAACCUCUUAAUUGGCUAGGACAAUCAGCAAAAUUUUUGGUGUGAAAUUUUAGUAGUUCAGUUGUAUGAAAUUCUGCCUUAUACUUGGUCAAUUUCAAUUUGUUUGUGUAGUCAACUUCUUUAGAGUUUUCCUGUUGGUUUUUCAGUGCUCUUCGGUGGUGUCAUAAUGCCACCAUUGCACACUGGUGACAACUGUCCCUCUUUUCUGAAGGUGUUUACGUAAUUGACUUCAUCCUAUGCAUGUGAAGAAAACAUGCAAAUAUUAGCAGCUAAAAUACAGCAUUGAUUUAGUAAAACAAAGUCAAACCUUCUGGGUACUUAUUUGAGAAUAUUCAUGCCUAAUAUAAUGGUUCCCUAAUGCAACUUAAUAGCCAAAUUCUGAAGAUUCAACAGCUUAGACUGCCUAUAACUAGAUAGAUAUUUAAACUCUUACCUGGGUUAUUGGCACUGGUUCGAGACAACCUCACAAAUCUUGCUUUGACUUCAAACUUACUAAUUUUUCUGCAUUUUGAAAUCAGUAUGCCCACUGAACUUUCUGUCCCCUUAGCAUCUUAUACAAUUGCCUGAUGUAUUCUUUCACAGUAACCUUACUACCAGUUUCAGUGGCUCACUAAAUACUAAGACCAAAAAACAUACCAGCAUAGCCAGAUAAUUCGUAUGUGUCUGGAUAUUAUGUCUGUCUUCCAUAGGAAUCUUCUUAAAAGCCUUCAGUUUCACUGGACUGGUACCUUUUACUACAUUGACAAAAGGCACCAUCCAGUCUACACAUUCUGAAAUGUUAUCCCACUCCAAACCUAGAUGGAGAAAAGUUAGAAUAAUGUAAAGGUUACAUCAGAAAUUAUCUAACAUGUCUAAUGUACCUGUUCUUGCUUCUAAAUUUUAAGAUUUGAUAAAAAAUCAUUUUAAAAAGAAACCCAAAUCAAGUAUUAUAGCAGGUUUAUAGCCAGUCAAAAUUUAUCACUCAAACUAUGUUUAUAACUUGGUUAUUUUGAUAGGAAAAGAAUUUCAGAGCUUUUUAACUAGUACCUUCUAUAUGUGAAAUUGUCAAAUUCCAAAGAACUCAGAGUAAAACAAAGCUAUAAUGAUGUCAGUUCACUUAACAUGGAUUCCACGUGACCUUAUUCUUUUUUGUUUGUGAAUUAUACACUGAGGAUUACAAAGUACUAAGAGAAAGGAAGAUGAUCACUAAAUUGCUACUUUUUUCCCCACUGAAGUUUUAAAUUCAUGUUUAGCGGGAUGCUAAACUAAAGUUCAUAGAUUAACAGUCCCUUUAAAAGUUGUGAACAUAUAGGGUUUUACCUGAAGCUUUCUUAACAACUUCAGUAGAGGUAAAAUGACACAAGGCAGCAGCAGCCAGUAUUCUGUACUGGAACUCGAGUGAAUCGAUGGCUAGAAUACACAAAUCUAAAAGCUAACCAAAGAAAAAGCAAAUUUACAGGUAAUACAGGAAGAUAAGGAUGAGACUACACAUUAUUAUUAAACGGUCACCUAACAUUUUAGAGUGCUUAUGUGGACCAUAUGCCAGGAAUUGCUAAAAUAGUAGAGAAUCCAAAGAUAAUCAAACCAUCACCCCGAAGGAACACUACAUGGGAUUGUGGAUUAGAAUGAAUAGACAAGUAAAGAAUGUUACAGUGCAGCGAGAUAUGUACUAGUAGGAAGGGGGUACCUAAUCCAGUUCAAGGGAGACAGUGAAGGGAUGUCUUGAAUGAAUCUUAAAAGGUAGGGAAGAAGAUUGGAAAAUAGAGGCUGUUUUAAGUAAAGUAAACAGCAUUUGCAAAGAUAAGUGAGAAAGCAUUGCUUUUUCUUGGAAUUCUAGUUCAGAACACCUAAGGUACAAAAUAAUGAAAUAAGCAAAGAGCACUUUUCAUUCCUAUCAAAGAAAAAAAAAAAACAAAAAAACAGUGGAGCAAGUCAUGGCCUAGACUAUACCGUAACGG